GGGCCAGCUACUCAGACCAGGGAUAAAAGGCCUCGGGGAGUGACAAGGAAGCCAGAUGCCACCCCCACUCCCCAGACAGGAGACAUCAAGGAUCCAGCCACCAGCUCUCAGAAUGUUCCUCAUGCUGAUGGCUCUUCAGAUCUUGGCUGUAGCUGUGGCCCAGAACCAAGGGAAUGAGAACAAGAUCAUCGGUGGCUACACAUGCAUCCGGAGCUCCCAACCGUGGCAGGCAGCCCUCCUGCAAGGCCCCCAGCGUCGUUUCCUCUGUGGAGGGUCCCUGCUGUCCGACCAGUGGGUCAUCACCGCUGCUCACUGUGCCCGCCUGAUCCUUCGAGUCGCCCUGGGCAAGCACAACCUGAAGAUCCCGGAGGCCACACAGCAGGUGCUGCGCGUGGUCCGUCAGGUGCCACACCCCCAGUACAACUCGCGGACCAACGACAACGACCUGAUGCUGCUGCAGCUGGAGCGGCCCGCCCGGCUGGGGCCUGGGGUGCAGCCCAUCUCUGUGGCCAGCUCCUGCGCCGGCGCGGGCACCUCCUGCCUUGUGUCGGGCUGGGGCACCACCUCCAGUCCUGUUGCCAGGUACCCCAACUCUCUGCAAUGCGUGGACAUCAACAUCUUCUCAGAUCAGGAGUGUCGGCGGGCCUACUCUGGCGCCAUCACCCCGGGCAUGGUCUGUGCAGGGGUCCCCCAAGGCGGGAAGGACUCCUGUCAGGGUGACUCCGGGGGACCCCUGGUGUGUGGAGGGCAGCUCCAGGGCCUCGUGUCCUGGGGGAUGGAGCGCUGUGCCCAGCCUGGUUACCCCGGCGUCUACACCAACCUGUGCAAAUAUCACACCUGGAUCCAGAGAACCAUACAGAGAAGAUCAUAGCUGGCGGGACAGAACAUCACCUGCCCACAUGCUCCCCAGACCCUGCCCUUCCCACUCAAGACCUAGGGACCCCAGCCCCCAGCUCCUCCUCCCUCAGACCCCUAGCAUCCUGAUCCUGACCCCUGGCUCAGAACUCCCCUCUCCCAGAGCAGUUCCUUCAGGGGUUCUCUCUGUACCCCUACAUCCUCCCCAUCGUUAUCCAGGGUACCCAGAGCAGGAGCAUGAACACAAAGGCACUGAAUGGCACCACAUUCUGAAGAAGACAAUUUUCAAAGCUCUCAGCGUCUCUAAAAACCAGAUAAAUGCUACGAAUAAAAUUUUAACAAUCCUGCAACAAGGACCUACUGUAUAUCACAGGGGACUCUGCUCAAUGUUUUGUGGCAGCCUGGAUGGGAGGGGAGUUUGAGAGAGAAAGAAUACACGUAGAUAGUGUGGCUGAGUCCCUUUGCUGUUCACCUGAAAUUAUCACAACAUUGUUUGUUAAUCAGCUACAACUACG